AUGUCUGCAUUGAAACAGUUUGAGGCAUUACCUAAACUGUUGAAACAAUUUUUUUUUAAGUAUCCACCUCAUGUGAAAUAUGCUUCAAGUUCUGUAUCGACAAAUGCUCUGGAUGCUAACCCAUUUAUUGCCAAUAGACAUCCGGUAACACAGAACUAUCACGAUCCAGUUUACUCUAAGAGACGCAUGAGUGAGAUCUUCAAACUAGCACAUCGUUAUGGGGUGACAGAGUUUCUUCCACCAAUAAAGGACAAGUUAUUCUUUGAAGAGAAGUACGAGAAGAAGACCUUUAUGAAGGGUGUCCUAUUACCAAAGGGACACAAACAUGAACUAAGUAAAGCCGCUAGACAAGAAGCUAUUUCAAAAGCAUUAUUGGAGGCUGAUAAUACCAUUGCAAAGGUUAGAGGUAAGAAGUUUGCUAGACGUGUAGAGAAGAAACAGAAAAAUACAGUCUCAUGGUUUUAA